CUUAUUUAGGAAACGAAUGCGAAAACACGUCUCAGCUCGCGGUAGGAGCUCGGAACAACUUCGGCUGAUUGGGUUCUAGUUUGUGUAAUUGGGUAUUUGGAGGCCCCCUGUUUCGACGAACGGCAAACGGAUACGGGAUAGACGAGGGCAACACGCGGAAUCUGAUCCAAGUUUCUAAACUCACGCAAAAAUCUGUCGAGGAAUCCGAUACGCACUCUGCUAAAUCAGUUUACAUGCAGCUCCUGGCGAUUGGAUUUCCCAUAGUUCCCUGGGAAUCGUAAACCCGCUCCUGUGCAGUUUGAAGGCUUGCUUACAGUCUGGAACGGACGCUGUGCCAUGGGGACACAUCGAUGCUUUUUCAUCUGCCUCUUGGUUGUUUCUGUUAUUGCAGCAGAACAUGUACAAGCCUCAAUGCAAGCUCAGAACAAAUCUCUGCCUCAUCUGAUUCGCUGCUAUUCUCAGGAACUCUUGACGUUCCGCUGUCAAUGGGAUGUUGGACCCUUCUGGAAUCCGACAGAGUCAGGCAGCCUAGGACUGUUCUACAUGCUUAAGGAUCCAAAGAGUGAUAACAAAUGGCAUGAGUGCCCACGUUACAGCACCACAGUGGAAAAUGAGUGCUUCUUUGACGCCAACCAUACAAUUAUCUGGUUACAAUAUGCCAUCCAGCUGCGUUCAAGGAACAAUGAUGUUUAUGAUGAAAUGUUCUUUUCAGUGGAAGAAAUUGUUUUUCCAGACCCACCUGAAGCACUGAACUGGACUUUGUUGAGUUUGGGCCCAACUGGAUUGUACUGCGAUGUGGUGGUGAGGUGGGACACACCACCCUCAGCAGCAGACAGUGUAAAGAUAGGAUGGUUGACGCUUUGGUAUGAGACCCAGUACAGAGAAACUGGCUUAGAGCAGUGGAAAUCUCUUGAGAGUGGCAAGGAUCCGCAGGUGAACAUCUAUGGCCUUCACACCAACACAGAGUAUGAAGUCAGGGUUAGGACCAAAAUGAGGGGCUACCAGUUUGGGGAUUUUGGUGACUCUAUCUUCAUAGUUGUUUCUAGCAAAGGCUCAAGAAUACCCAUAACUGCGGUGUGCAUCCUGAUGGCUACUACUAUUGGAAUCAUGUUGAUCCUUAUUGUGGUUUCACGUAAACAAAAGCUUAUGGUGAUUCUUUUGCCACCUGUUCCUGGACCAAAAAUAAAAGGAAUUGAUCCAGUCCACCUACAGAAGGGUCAGCUAACCGAGUUCACUUCAGUCCUGGGUGCUCACCCAGAUCUACGUCCAGACCUGUACAGUAACGACCCAUGGGUCGAGUUUAUACAGGUGGACAUUGAUGAACCAAUUGAGCAGAUGGAAUGCUUGGACACACCACUCCUUUUCAGCGAACCUUGUGUCUCUGAUUCCCCUCCAAUGUCCAGUGGGUUCCAAGAUGAUGACUCAGGUCGGUCCAGCUGCUGCGAUCCAGAUCUCUCUGAUCAUGAUCACCAUGAUGCUCAUCAACCUUCAACCAGUGAACAAAGCUUUCACGCUUUGAUACGUCCUGCUAAGUUGGGAGCUCUGCAACCCGUUGUUCCUCCUGCUCAGGAAUCUGCAUGGCAGAUUUACUCUCAAGUGACUGAAGUCAUGCCUUGUGGUGAGACACUGCUUUGCCCAGAGCAGAAUGCGACUGAUGACUGCAAUAUUCAAGAUAAAGCUACUGAGCAUAAAGAGAAAAAAACAUGUGUGAUGAUGACCCUCAAUGAAAGAGGUUACAGUGUUAAUGAGCCAAGCUCAUCCACAGCAAACUAUGGGUCAGAAAGCAACAAUACACAAAAACAGUGUCAGGACUCCAUGGCAAAACCAGAGACACCUACAGUAUCACCCUUUCCUAUCCUAACAAUGCCGACACCUCCAGAAUACACCAUGGUGGACGGGGUGGGCUGGAAAGAUAGCCUUCUUUUGAAGACAAGCAGCAAAACAGAUUCUACACUUGCACCACCAAAAUCUGGCCCCACAAAUGAGGGGUAUUUGACUCCUGAUCUUUUACAUAGCAUUACCCCAACUAAAUAGUCCCAAAAACGUUCUGAAUUGGAAUUUUGUAUGAAUCAGAGGUAAAACACUUUAGACAUUUUUAGCCAACAACAAAAAGAGUGGGCUAAACAUUUGGAAACCAUGCAAAUUUUCCUUUGACUGGUCUGUAUUUUAUAACUGAGACAUUUUAGCAUGAUGGACAUGAACUGGAUUGGAUAAAAUAACAAUGACCUAUUUUCUGAGAUUUAUAGAUAAUGCAAAUCAUACGCUGAUGGAAUUUUUCUAGCUAGCUGGAUGUGUGUGUGUAUGUAUAUG